AGUCGCGGCCAUGAAGGCAGGGGCCACGUCUAUGUGGGCUUCAUGCUGUGGGCUGCUGAAUGAAGUCAUGGAAACCAGAGCUGUCAGGGGCCAGCAGUUAGGAUUGGCAGGAGGUACCAGAUUUACACCAAACCCUGAUUUUUCCUCCUACCCACCAGCAGCCACGGAAGGACCUAAUAUAGUUUGCAAAGCCUGUGGACUUUCAUUUUCAGUCUUUAGAAAAAAGCACGUAUGUUGUGACUGCAAGAAAGAUUUUUGCUCCAUUUUUUCGGUCUUAGAAGAAAACCUCCGUAGAUGCUUUACUUAUCACCUGCUACAAGCGACGGCCUUUCAGCGCCCUCAGUUAAUGUGGCUGAAGGUGAAGGAUCUGCGGCAGUAUCUCAUGCUUAGAAAUAUAUCGACAGACACUUGUCAAGAGAAAGAAGACUUGGUAGAUCUGGUUCUGUGCCAUCAUGGACUAGGCUCUGAGGACCACCUGGACACAGGCAGUCUGAACUCUUCAUGGUCCCAGACUUCUAGCUUUUUUACACAUUCGUUUUUUUCAAACUCUACAGCCCCCUCUGCUACUGUGUCUUGGUUUCAGGGAGAGCUUAUGGAUAGAGAUGGGACCUCCAGAUCUGGGGCGCCGGCACAGGUACAAAGUGAAAUAGCUUCAGCAAACACAGAAGAUGAUGAUGAUGAUGACGAUGAUGAAGAUGAUGACGACGAUGAUGAAGAAACCUUGGAGGAGAGGACUCCUGGGCUUUCUCAGAAGAGAGUGAGAGCCUCACUGUCUGACCUGUCAAGCCUUGAAGAUGUGGAAGGGAUGAGUGUGCGCCAAUUGAAGGAAAUCCUGGCUCGGAAUUUUGUCAACUUCUGUGAAAAUUGGGAGCUGGUAGAGAAAGUAAACCGGUUAUACAAAGAGAAUGAAGAAAACCAAAAAUCAUAUGGCGAGCAGCUGCAGCUGCAGGACGAGGACGACAGCCUGUGCCAGAUCUGUAUGGACGCUGUCAUCGACUGCGUGCUGCUGGAGUGCGGGCACAUGGUCACCUGCACCAAGUGCGGCAAGCGCAUGAGUGAAUGUCCCAUCUGCUGGCAGUACGUGGUGCAGGCCAUGCACAUGUUCAAGUCCUGAGCUGAGGUUCUCCUCAGCAGCACUGACGCCCCCAGACUCGAUCCCAAACAUUUCAGUGCACAGAAGGGACGGGAACCUUCCUAUUCAGAGUGAAUCUGUUUUUAAAAAUUAUUUUCACUAUG